AUGGCUUCCCAAGACAAUGUGCCAAAGACCCCAUCAAAGAACAUUGAGGAGUUUCUCCAACGCCAUCCUCAAGUCCGCACCGGCACCGCCGCAAAAGCUGAACUAGACAAUCUCCAUGAACAUGGCGACACAUUCUACGUCAUAAACAAACUCUACGACAACGCAAUCCUGCACAAAGACUAUGACCCAGACUCUCUGAAACUCGUCUUUGCUUUCGCUUACGUCAACGAUGAGCAGGCAAUGGCUAACUAUACAGAAGAUGUGAGAGAGGAUGAUAGUGUCUCGUGCGAUUAUGAAGUCGGGAUGAAGGAAGGUCCGGACCAUCACCUUCAUGAGUUUAUGGGGGCUACGGUGCCGGAUUAUAAGGCUCAUAAAGGGAAUGAUGAGCCGGAUCCUAGGUGCUCGGAUUAUUGGCCUAUUUAUUGUGGAGGGAAUUAUCGGGGUGUUGAGGGGUUUGAGUGAGGGUCACUUCAGGAUAUACCUAUUAGUUAGUGAGAUGAAAGACGGU